AUGCAGGUUGCUGGAAAGAGAAUUCUGUGUUUGGCGACUUCUCUGAUUGGGAAACGCAGUGUGAUGAAGCUAGUGAGGCCGCCAACAGGUCUGCCUGGUGUACUCCUGAACUCCCUACACCAGGACACCCCCGGCCCACUGACAGGUCCAGCCCGGAACGCGCACUACAACCCCGCGGGGCAGACAGGUCUGAGUCCGGCAGACAUCGGGCUCCUGGUCGGCGGUGGGACAAUCAUUGGACUGGGUCUGUACGAGACCUACAAGAACCUGUGUACAGCCAAGAGAGCACCAGUUGCACCAGACAUAGGUGAAACUGUUGUUGAUCCAGAACAUGAGUAUCAGGCUGCAGCAGGCAGAGGGUUAAACCUCCUCUCCACGACCAUGGCUGAACGGUCCCAGGCUGGGGUGUUCCACAGGGCUGUUACUGGGCCCACACUGCUGGAAAACGUGAGUAAAACCAGGGCUCGAAAUACUGGUGAAUUUCAAGCCCUGAAAACAAAAGCCAAGGAUGCCACAGAUGGCUCCAAGUCGGAUGGCUCUGCAACACCUACUGAUGAGGUGCCUGCCUCUGCCCACUGUCCGGCGGAGAAAGGAAAGAAACCCAAGCGCUCGGCACGUGGGAAGGGGGGCAUCUUGUACUCGAGCAUAGAUGAACUUGAGUCGGAGAGCAUGUUGCCUUCCGUGCAGCAGCUCGACCUAGUCGUGGAGAAGCACGCUGGCGACCGUCAAACUGCUAUCUUGGAGGUGAAAAACACCACAAAGCAGCACAAGUCAUCCCCGAUGGCAUCCAACCUCUCUGCUUCACCCCCUUCUUCAAACGCAAGGGGCCAUGUGUCUCAGGAGGCUGAAGAUGAAAGGGACGGUGUCUUCCAGGGCUGUGCUGGCUCCUUGGCAGAUGGAGACAACGAAACAAUCCUUGAUGGAUCUGGAGACCAUGCAGGUGUGAAGAAGGACCAGGAACAUCACAAGUCGCCCUCCCAGCACAACAGCGGUGCUGAAUGCUCCAGUGAAAGCUGCUGCUGCUGCCAUGACUCUGAGGAGGCCACUUCCACUAAGGCUAAGAGGAAGCACCGAUAUGCUGUGGCUAAGAUGGAUGACAAUGACGACAUCCAUACGACACAUGCUGGCAAGUUUGAAGACCACGAGUCUGACUGUGAAUGUGACCUUGAUGGGUCCACAGUCAAGGACAACAAGAUGGCGGCAUCACAUGUUGUCAUCAUUCUGUCCUGAUG